AUGCCGAAGCUCAAGUCAGUAGAACUUCAGGCCGAUACUGUCAUUUGGGGAUUGGUCUACCGAGACCAGUAUAAGAACGAUGUAGAGAAUAAAGAUCUGCAUCAACUGCAUCAGGAGGCUCGAAACACAAAGAAGAAGCCCCAGAAAAGAAAAGCCGCCAAGGAAGAGAAGGAUGACGAUUCCGAUGAUGCCGACAAAGAUAAGAACGAUGACGACGACAGCAAUGCCGGCCCUAGCGGCAGCAACAACAACGAUAAUCCAAAUAUUCUCCCUGGAGAGGAACUGAGCCGAGCUAUUAGAGUUCAGGAUGGUAUGCAUGUCACGGGACUGCUAUGUGCGGACGGAUCACGAGUCAACGUCAACGCCGGCGAACCCGGUAGAUACCAACUAAUCUUAGGCUCGGGACGCCACGUCGCACCGGAUCGUUAUCAGCAGAGAACAAGCCUCCUCCGAGACAUCCACUGGGAUAUGGUUUAUAUCACCGGACAGUCUUACUCCAAGGCCUCCGAUCGAGAGGGAGUUGAUGACCACAUGAUGGGCCCAGCCAGGGCCAGUCAGUCGAUAAUGUGUAAUCUUGAAAAAGAUAUAUUUAUCAUCGACAGAUCGGCUUUGGCGUGCAUCGACAGGCCGAGAGACGGGGGCGGUGCGUCCGAGGACGCAGAUUCGACCCGGGCCAAGAGGGCUCGAACCCGCAUCGAGGAUUGGCCGCUCCGACCACGCAACCUCGCCUUUAACCUUAACGACCCCGCAAGCUUGUACAUCUACUCCUACUUCGUCGACAAAGCGGCUCGACACGGCGACGCAGAGAUCAGGGCCCUCCUGGAGGAGAAGAAGACUGUUACUUUUUUUUCUGGUCCGGAAAACUGUGACCACAACGAUUGUAAUGCCUGGCGCGCGAAGCAGAACACCAAGAUGCGCCCACCGGCCACGAAGAAGGUCCUGAGAAGCUCCUGGUGGGCGUUUGCGGACUUCUGCCCCCUGCACACAUCGGGCAACUCAUUCACUGUCUGGCCCCACGCCCAGGACCUCAUUCAGACCAAGGGUGUGGGCGGCGAGGCCGCGAACCGUCUGCGCGCCUGGGCCCACGCGAUGCUUAAUCACUCGUUUCUGGCCGGCGGCUACAGGGUUGACCGCUACCGAGAAAAUACACUCGACGCCCUCGUCCGCUGCCGAAACGAAUGCCUGGUGGUUGGUCACUUGCGCGGGGGCGGCGGCCAGAUCGACCAGAUCGUGAGCCAGAUCGCGAGCGGCGGUCCGUGCUACAGCUGCGGAGAGCAGCACCCGCAGGCGAAGCAGUUCGGGCACUUGGCCAUCGACAAGCACCAAGUAACGGGUCUGAUCUACCUCCACUUCGGCGGAGCCCGCGGAGAGGCGAGCUCGAGCGAGGAUUCGAGCGGGGGUUCUGGCGGCGACGACACCGGCGAGGGAAAGAACGAGAGCGGCGAUCAGGACGAGAGCUCCAAGCCCGAUUCGUGUUCCGGAGAAGACGGAGAAGAAGAUAGUGCCGAGGAUGAGGAAGCCGGACGCAAGAAGAAGGACAAAGGCAAGGGUAAGGCCACGGCAGAAAAUGAUCAGGGCCGUAAGGAAGGAAGUGAGACGGAUGGAGAUGAGGAAGGACACGAAGCUGAAGGUGACGGAACCGGAGACGCCACUACUUCGACGGCUGAUAGUGACUGA